AGCAAGACGCAGACAUUGCUGUCUUUACAUAUAAACACUCAAAACACAUAAUAAUAUCAAUGAACUGACCUAGCAUUUAAAGAAAAGUGAAAAGUGAAAAAUGGAGAAUGCUGAUACGCCAAGAGUGGGCAGUGCACGUUUAAGCAGUUCCGAUAUAUGGAGGAACACUACCUUGGAAAUAUUUUCCAAGUCUUCUCGUGAUGAAGAUGAUGAAGAAGCUCUUAAAUGGGCUGCUUUGGAGAAAUUGCCUACUUAUUUACGUAUAAGGAGAGGUAUACUCAUUGAACAAGGGGGUCAAUCCAGAGAGAUUGAUAUAAACAGUUUGGGAUUAAUAGAGAAAAGAAAUCUAUUAGAGAGGCUAGUGAAAAUUGCCGAGGAAGAUAAUGAGAAAUUCUUGUUGAAGCUCAAGGACCGCAUUGACAAAGUUGGACUAGAUAUGCCAACAAUUGAGGUACGAUUUGAGCAUUUAAGUGUUGAAGCAGAAGCAUAUGUUGGAAGCAGAGCUUUACCUACAAUGUUCAACUUCUCUGUUAACAUGUUUGAGGCAUUCUUGAAUUAUCUUCACAUUCUUCCAAGUAGAAAGAAACCUUUAUCAAUCCUCAAUGAUGUCAGUGGAAUUAUCAAGCCUAGAAGAAUGACUCUGCUGUUAGGCCCUCCAAGCUCAGGCAAGACUACUUUACUUUUGGCUCUGGCUGGAAAACUCACUAAAGACCUAAAAUUUUCAGGAAGAGUAACGUACAAUGGACAUGGAAUGGAAGAGUUUGUACCACAACGAACAUCAGCUUAUAUAAGUCAAUAUGAUAUUCACAUCGGUGAAAUGACUGUCAGAGAAACUCUUGCUUUCUCUGCCAGAUGUCAAGGGGUUGGAUCCCGUUAUGAGAUGUUGAUGGAAUUAGCAAGAAGGGAAAAAGAAGCAAAUAUCAAGCCAGACCCUGAUAUUGAUAUCUACAUGAAAGCAGCUGCACUAGAAGGGCAAGAAGCCAACGUUGUUACAGAUUAUAUUCUCAAGAUUUUAGGACUUGAAUUAUGUGCUGAUACUUUAGUGGGUGAUGAAAUGGCCAGAGGCAUCUCUGGUGGACAAAAAAAGCGAGUUACUACAGGGGAGAUGCUGGUUGGACCAGCAAAAGCACUUUUCAUGGAUGAGAUAUCAACUGGUUUGGAUAGUACCACAACUUUCCAAAUUGUGAACUCCCUUAGACAAUCAGUCCACAUUCUCAGUGGAACUGCCCUUAUUGCUCUUCUCCAGCCAGCACCAGAAACAUUCGAACUCUUUGAUGACAUAAUUCUUCUGUCAGAUGGGCAAAUCGUAUAUCAAGGUCCACGUGAAAAUGUGCUCGACUUCUUCGAAUACAUGGGCUUUAAAUGUCCAGAGAGGAAAGGAGUUGCUGAUUUCUUACAAGAAGUAACAUCGAGGAAAGAUCAAGAGCAGUACUGGGCACAUAAGGAUCAACCUUAUCUCUUUGUUUCUGUUAAUGAAUUUUCUGAAGCAUUUCAAUCAUUUCACAUCGGUCGAAAGUUAGGUGACGAACUUGCCACGCCAUUUGACAAGUCCAAAGCUCACCCUGAUUCUCUGACAACUAAGAAAUAUGGUGUCAGCAAGAAGGAACUCUUCAAAGCUUGCAUUUCAAGAGAAUAUUUGCUCAUGAAGAGGAAUUCAUUUGUAUACAUUUUCAAGAUGACCCAACUUAUCAUACUGGGUUUCAUUACAAUGACAUUAUUUCUAAGAACAGAGAUGCACCGAAACACAGAAACAGAUGGUGGGGUUUAUUUGGGCGCCCUUUUCUUCACCGUCACCACAAUUAUGUUCAAUGGGUUCUCAGAGCUCGCAAUGACCAUCUUGAAACUUCCUGUCUUCUACAAGCAAAGAGACCUUCUCUUCUAUCCUUCAUGGGCAUAUGCUCUACCGACAUGGAUUCUUAAGAUCCCAAUCACCUUUGUAGAAGUUGCUGUAUGGGUUGUCAUGACAUAUUAUGUUAUAGGCUUUGAUCCAAACAUUCAAAGGUUUUUCAAACAGUACUUGAUACUCCUAAUUACUAAUCAGAUGGCAUCCGCAUUGUUCCGACUGACGGCAGCACUAGGAAGGAAUAUCAUUGUUGCCAACACAGUUGGGGCAUUUGCAAUGCUUACUGCACUAGUCCUUGGUGGAUUUGUCAUAUCAAGAGAUAAUGUGAAGAAAUGGUGGAUAUGGGGUUACUGGUUCUCACCAAUGAUGUACGUGCAGAAUGCUAUUUCUGUGAACGAAUUUCUUGGAAGCAGUUGGAAUCAUUUUCCCCCAAAUUCAACAAAGCCAUUAGGAGUUACUUUAUUGAAGUCUCGCGGACUUUUUCCUGAAGCAUAUUGGUAUUGGAUUGGAUUUGGGGCUUUGACAGGAUAUAUCUUCCUAUUCAAUUUUCUUUUCACUUUGGCACUAAAAUAUCUUGAUCCAUUUGGAAAGCCUCAAGCAAUAAUAUCAAAAGAGGCCUAUUCUGAGAAAACGGCCGUCAGAACUGGAGAGUUUAUUGAACUAUCAUCAAAAGAAAAGAACUUCCAAGAAAGAGGUAGCGCAAGCCAUAGAGUUGCUUCGUCCAGGACAUCUUCCGCAAGAGUAAGCAGCUUGAGCAAUGCCUUCGAAAACAGUAAGCGGGGAAUGGUUCUACCUUUUCAACCCCUUUCCAUCACUUUUGCUGAUGUCAGAUAUGCGGUUCAGAUGCCACAGGAGAUGAAAACUCAAGGUAUCACUGAGGACCGCCUAGAACUUCUGAAGGGUGUAAGCGGUGCAUUUAGGCCAGGAGUCCUAACAGCACUAAUGGGUGUUAGUGGUGCUGGUAAGACCACUCUAAUGGAUGUCUUGGCUGGAAGAAAAACUGGUGGUUACAUAGAGGGAAACAUCACAAUAUCUGGUUACCCAAAGAAGCAAGAAACUUUUGCUCGCAUAUCAGGGUACUGUGAACAAACUGAUAUCCACUCCCCUCAUGUGACAGUCUAUGAGUCACUGCUCUAUUCUGCAUGGCUUCGACUGCCUCCUGAGGUUGAUUCUGAUACACGAAAUAUGUUUGUAGAGGAAGUCAUGGAGCUUGUGGAGCUGACUUCCUUAAGAGAAGCACUUGUUGGACUGCCUGGUGUUAAUGGUCUAUCAGUCGAGCAACGCAAAAGGCUAACAGUUGCAGUUGAACUUGUUGCAAACCCAUCUAUAAUCUUUAUGGAUGAGCCCACCUCUGGCCUUGAUGCCAGGGCAGCAGCAAUAGUUAUGAGAACAGUGAGGAAUACAGUGGACACUGGGCGAACGGUCGUGUGCACAAUACACCAGCCAAGCAUUGACAUAUUUGAUGCUUUUGAUGAGUUACUUUUGUUGAAGAGGGGAGGAGAGGAAAUUUAUGUGGGUCCAGUUGGUCGACAUGCUUGCCACCUGAUAAAAUAUUUUGAGGACAUUGAAGGAAUUCCGAAGAUUAAGGAUGGCUAUAAUCCUGCAACUUGGAUGUUGGAAGUUACUACAACAGCACAAGAAGUAGCUCUUGGAGUUGACUUCUCUGAUAUAUACAAGAACUCUGAAUUAUACAGGAAAAACAAGGCCUUGAUCAAGGAACUGAGCAGACCUCUACCAGGUUCAAAAGAUCUGUACUUCCCAACUCAAUAUUCAAAGUCCUUCACAACACAAUGCAUGGCAUGCCUAUGGAAGCAGCAUUGGUCAUAUUGGCGAAACCCACCAUACACUGCAGUUAGACUUGUAUUCGCAACCUUCAUAGCUUUGAUGUUUGGGACAAUAUUCUGGAAACUUGGCACAAAAAGGCGCCAAGAUAUCUUUAAUGCAAUGGGUUCCAUGUAUGCUGCUGUUCUUUUCUUAGGAUUUCACAAUUCUACAGCAGUGCAGCCGGUUGUGGCCAUUGAAAGAACAGUGUUUUAUAGAGAAAGAGCAGCUGGAAUGUAUUCUGCAUUGGCAUAUGCCUUCGGACAGGUUAUGAUAGAAGUCCCCUACAUUUUAAUCCAGACUAUAAUAUAUGGCGUUAUAGUGUAUGCUAUGGUUGGGUUUGAAUGGACAAUAAGCAAGUUCUUUUGGUAUCUAUUCUUCAUGUACUUCACCUUACUAUAUUUCACUUUCUAUGGGAUGAUGAAUGUGGCCAUUACACCAAACCACAACAUUGCUGCUAUAGUUUCAUCCGCAUUUUAUGCAAUAUGGAAUAUUUUCUCAGGAUUUAUUGUUCCUCGAACGAGGAUUCCUAUAUGGUGGAGAUGGUACUACUGGGCUUGCCCUAUUGCUUGGACAUUAUAUGGAUUAGUUGCUUCACAGUUUGGAGACAUUAAGGAAGAACUAGACACUGGUGAAACUGUGGAACAUUUCUUAAGGAGUUAUUUUGGAUUUCAACAUGACUUUGUUGGAAUUGUUGCUGUUGUUCUUGUUGGGAUUUGUGUGCUCUUUGGUUUCAUCUUUGCCUUCUCCAUCAGAACAUUUAACUUCCAAAGAAGAUAAAAGAUAAAAAGUAAAUACCAGCAGUAGGUGCAAUUUGGACGAUGUAAAACCAUAUAUAAAGUAGGGUACUAAUUUUGGUCAAGUUCAAAACAUUGCCCAAGUCUAAUAGUUCUACAAAUAGACCCAAACAAGGCCAAACCUGCAAUCCUCUCGCUAUCUGUAUCUGUUGUCACGGAUUCUUUUUCUCUCUUUGUAGAAAUAUUGUUGAUUAGUUUCUUUAAAAU